CGAUGAUAUUCAGCCCCUCGUUUGCGACAAUGGUACCGGAAUGGUCAAGGCUGGAUUUGCUGGAGACGAUGCUCCAAGGGCGGUAUUCCCGAGCAUAGUGGGGCGGCCUCGUCACACGGGUGUAAUGGUAGGCAUGGGACAAAAGGAUGCUUAUGUGGGCGACGAGGCUCAAUCGAAGAGGGGUAUUUUGACACUAAAAUAUCCGAUCGAGCAUGGUAUUGUCAAUAAUUGGGAUGAUAUGGAGAAGAUUUGGCAUCAUACUUUCUACAACGAGCUUCGUGUGGCACCUGAAGAACACCCGAUUCUUUUGACCGAAGCUCCUCUUAACCCUAAGGCAAAUCGAGAAAAGAUGACUCAGAUUAUGUUCGAGACGUUUAACGCCCCUGCUAUGUAUGUUGCGAUUCAGGCUGUUCUCUCCCUUUACGCCAGCGGUCGUACAACCGGUAUUGUUCUCGAUUCGGGUGAUGGUGUGAGCCACACAGUCCCGAUAUACGAGGGCUAUUCUCUACCACACGCGAUUCUCCGUCUCGAUCUUGCGGGCCGUGACCUAACAGACGGCCUGAUGAAGAUACUCACAGAGAGAGGCUACUCUUUCACCACCACAGCCGAACGAGAAAUCGUGAGAGACAUCAAGGAGAAGCUAGCCUACAUUGCCCUAGACUACGAGCAAGAGCUCGAAACAGCAAAAACAAGCUCGUCCGUGGAGAAGAACUACGAGCUGCCCGACGGGCAGGUCAUCACUAUCGGUGCGGAAAGAUUCCGUUGCCCUGAGGUUCUUUUCCAGCCUUCCAUGAUCGGAAUGGAAGCUGCCGGAAUUCACGAGACCACGUAUAACUCGAUCAUGAAGUGUGAUGUUGAUAUUAGGAAGGACUUGUACGGAAACAUUGUACUUAGUGGUGGGUCCACUAUGUUCCCUGGUAUUGCUGACCGAAUGAGUAAGGAAAUUACGGCUUUAGCCCCGAGUAGUAUGAAGAUUAAGGUGGUGGCCCCACCUGAGAGGAAGUACAGUGUCUGGAUUGGUGGCUCUAUUUUGGCCUCCCUCAGCACAUUCCAGCAGAUGUGGAUAGCGAAAGCAGAGUACGACGAAUCCGGGCCGUCGAUUGUUCACAGGAAGUGCUUCUAAGAUGAAUGAUGAAGAGAGAGUGAAUUAUACAAACUAUUUAUGCUAUUUCAGUUGCUUUUUGAAUUUUUGAAUUUUUUUUAAAGAUGUGAAGAAUGGAUCUUUUUCAUUUUCUUUUUCUUAUUUAUAUUUUGUCUUCUAGAAAACCUGUUUUUUGUAUUUCUAUUAUGGUGAUUUGAGUUUUUGGUUGAAGGU